GUAAAUAUUUAGGGGGCGCUGAACAAUUAUUCCAAUCCACACUUUAACAUGGCGAGCGGCGGUGAAGUGAGUCUACAGUACGAGGAAGCGCCGGCGUCUUUCAAAUCCGUAGCGUGGAGACAUUUCGGUUUUGCCGUCAACUAUAACGCAGAGGAAGAAAAAGCGGUAAACAAAAAAAAUGACUGUCUGCAAGCAUUGUUUUACACGUGUAGCCUACUCAAACGGUAACACUUCCAACAUGACUGCACAUCUGCGGCGACAUCACCCAGCAAUCACUCACACAUACCCAACUAGUUCCGAGAGACACAUAAAAAUAACAAAGGCAGUGGGGGUGUUCAUUGCGAAAGAUUUGCAGCCGUUUUCGGUGAUUGGAGACGCGGGCUUUUGUCAUCUUAUAAAAACUAUCGAUCCGCGUUACAGACUACCGUCUCGCACUUUUUUCAGCACCGAGAUAAUUCCCGACCUCUAUGAAAAGACGUGCAACAGUAUUGUGAACGAAUUGGCUAAAGCACAGAGCCUUGCUCUGACCACAGAUGGUUGGACCUCGCGGGCAACCAUGAGUUACCUCACUAUAAGUUGUUUUGCGCACGUUGUAAACCUAGCAGCCAAGAAAGCAGUGUCAAUCAACACAGUGUCCCGCCUCCUGGCGAGGGUUAGAAAAAUAGUGACAUUUUUUCACAAAAGCACCAAAGCCCACCAUGUUUUGACUGUGAAGCAGGAGAUGUUAAACUUGCCCAGACACAAGUUAAUUCAUGAUGUCACAACUCGGUGGAAUACAGUACAUGACAUGUUGGAAAGAUACACAGAACAGCAGCCCGCCAUCUAUUCUGCCUUACUGGACAAAAGUUUUAAGCUGUCUGUCAAGAACGUAACCAUGUUGAAUGACAGUGAACAGAAACUUGCAGAAGAACUGAUUCAGGUCCUCACACCACUGAAAACAGUGACAGCUCUCAUGAGCAGUGAAACAACCCCCACUAUAUCAAUGAUCCUUCCUCUGAAAGAGAUGAUUCUCAAAUCCAUGUCACCAGGAGACCAGGACAGUGGGACAGUCAAAGAAGCCAAAGCAGCCAUUAUAAAUGACCUGGCAAAGAGGUACACUGACCCCAAUCUUCAUGAUUGCCUCCAAAUUGCCACAGCCCUUGACCCCAGGUUUAAAUCCCUGCCUUACCUUGAAGACUCUCGCGAUAAGCUCUACAGGAAUAUCAUCCAUGAAAUUCUGGAGCAUGAACAGCAGGGUCUAGUGGAGAAUCCUGUGCCCUCCACAGAUGAACACAAUCCAUCCUAUCCCCCUCCCAAGAAGAAGACAGCAAUGUCAGAGGUAUUUGGGGAGCUUUUCAAAACUGAGGAAAAGCAGGGUAAGCCAUUUCCCCAGAUCAUUGAGGAGGAAGUCACCACAUACAAGUUAGCAGACAGUAUUCAUGUGGAUGAAUGCAAGUUCCCCCAUGUAGCAAAAGCUGCACAACAACACCUCUGUGUCCCAGGAACCUCCGUUGCGAGUGAGAGAAUUUGCUCCACUGCCGGGGACAUUGUAAGUGCAAAACAUUCUCGCCUUGCUGCAGAGAAUGUUGACAGGCUUAUCUUUUUACAGAAGAACCUCAAAAUCCAAGAAUAGAUAGCUGACCUAAGUCAAAUUGCACUUUACAUUCUGAAUGAAGGAUACUGUACUGGAGUACUGUUAAGGUUAAUUAAGAUGGUUUAUGUUUACUGAAGUACAAGUAUGUUUAUUUGAAAUGGUCAA